ACGUAUGGGGCAAGUCAUUUCACCGAUCACCUGCAUGACGGAACACCCAGGUUUCCAUCCAGUCUGCCUAAACCUGUAUGUCCUCCAGACGAUUUACAACAUAUACAAGUAUGACUAUGGACCGCUGAGGCACUUCACGGAGGAACAGCGCUUCAGGCACCUGGGCUACAGGAGUUUUGUGAGCUGGUGCUGGGGAUAUUUGGGACGCAGCCGGCGAGUGGUCAUCCCCGCCUGUGUCGUCCUGAGGCUUCGCCGGGAAUUUCCUAGCGGCCAAUAUGUGGGAUUCUGGCCAUCUCUGGACAAGGGGUGAAAAUAAUUAUUUUGAAAAUAAAAUUCCUUGCAGAUGUA